AAACACUCUCCCAGCCCUAACCUCAUCAUACCAACAAGGAUGUCCUCUGCUUCCACUUCUACCUCCACACCCGGGGCCGCCGCCUUCCUCAAGGCUGUCGAACUCCGUCGCUCGAUCUACACGAUCAGCAACAAGAUCCCCAUCCCUGAUUCCCGCGUCGUCGAGAUCGUCCAAGCGGCAAUCAAGAACGGUCCAUCAUCCUACAACUCCCAGUCCUCGCGCGCCCUAGUCCUCUUCGGGGACGAACAUAAAUUCGUAUGGGAGACAGUGCUCUCCGUGCUCAAGCCCAUUGUGCCCGAACCAGAGUUCCCCAAGACGGUCGGCAAGGUCGAGAACUGCUUCAAGGCUGGAUAUGGCACGGUUCUCUUCUGGGAAGAUAACACUGUUGUGAAGGGCAUGCAGGACACUUUCCCCCUUUAUCCGGAUCGGUUCCCUGUGUGGAGCCAGCACUCGAGCGCGAUCGUACAGUUUAUCGUCUGGACCGCUCUGGCGAACGAGGGCAUCUCUGCUUCUCUCCAGCACUAUAACCCCUUAAUUGACGAAAAGCUCCGUGAACACUUCAAGCUGCCCGACACAUGGGUCCUGGUCGCACAGAUGCCUUUCGGCGAGGCGACUGCCCCUGCCGGUGAGAAGACGUUCAAGCCGCUCGAGGACCGGGUCAAGGUGUUCGGCAUUUGA